CGGUCCUCCGCCGCCGUGAGGACCCCCCCGGGGACGCGCGGGCCGCUCGAGGCCAGCGCCGCCGCCAGCCAGCCCGGUCGGAAGCGGACGCUGAGGUGCGAGAUAUUUCGACAAGAAAGAAAUCUCUCUUCUAAGAUGGAAUCUGUGAUUUGGGAAUGUGGUUGAUCAACUUGGUGUGUUGGCCAGAUGUGCCCUGUGUAAUAAAAUGAAAAGAAGAGACAAGAUGAUGUCAUUUUCCCAUAUUGUGAAACCAAAAACAAAUACCUUUUGUGAGACCAGGUUAACAAACUUCUGACGGUGCAGAGUUGAAGAACUUAAGAGUGAGAUAGGGGAGAAGCUUUCAAGCUGAGACCUGCGGGCAUACAUUGAUCUAAAGCACAGAUCGAGGAGGCUGGUCAUCUAAAUCUCACUCAAAUCCAGGAAGAAUGGCUAUGAGUUGGAUCAUCUUUUACCUUUGGCUCUUGACUAUGCUUGUGGGGCAUAUAGGUGGGCACAGUUUGUUUUCUUGUGAACCUAUUACCUUGAGGAUGUGCCAAGAUCUGCCUUAUAAUACUACCUUCAUGCCUAAUCUUCUGAACCAUUACGACCAACAGACAGCAGCUUUAGCAAUGGAGCCAUUCCACCCUAUGGUGAAUCUGGAUUGUUCUCGGGAUUUCCGGCCAUUUCUUUGUGCACUCUAUGCUCCUAUUUGUAUGGAAUAUGGACGAGUCACACUCCCCUGCCGCAGGUUGUGCCAGCGAGCCUACAGCGAGUGUUCGAAGCUCAUGGAGAUGUUUGGUGUUCCUUGGCCUGAAGAUAUGGAAUGCAGUAGGUUUCCAGAUUGUGAUGAGCCUUAUCCUCGACUUGUGGAUUUGAAUUUAGUUGGAGAUCCAACUGAAGGAGCCCCAGUGGCAGUGCAGAGAGACUAUGGCUUUUGGUGUCCCAGAGAGCUGAAAAUCGAUCCUGAUCUUGGUUAUUCUUUUCUGCGCACACGAGAUUGUUCACCACCAUGUCCAAAUAUGUACUUCAGGAGAGAGGAGCUAUCAUUUGCUCGAUAUUUCAUAGGGCUGAUUUCAAUUAUUUGCCUCUCUGCCACGCUGUUUACUUUUUUAACCUUUUUGAUUGACGUCACAAGAUUCCGUUAUCCUGAAAGGCCCAUUAUAUUUUAUGCAGUCUGCUACAUGAUGGUAUCAUUGAUUUUCUUCAUUGGGUUUUUACUGGAGGACCGAGUAGCCUGCAAUGCAUCUAGCCCUGCACAGUAUAAAGCUUCUACCGUGACCCAAGGAUCUCACAACAAAGCUUGUACCAUGCUUUUCAUGGUGCUCUAUUUUUUCACUAUGGCUGGCAGUGUUUGGUGGGUCAUUCUUACCAUCACAUGGUUUCUAGCAGCUGUGCCAAAGUGGGGCAGUGAAGCUAUUGAGAAGAAGGCAUUGCUGUUUCAUGCCAGCGCAUGGGGCAUUCCUGGAACUCUAACUAUCAUCCUUUUAGCGAUGAAUAAAAUUGAAGGUGACAAUAUUAGUGGCGUGUGUUUUGUUGGCCUCUACGAUGUUGAUGCAUUAAGAUAUUUUGUUCUUGCUCCCCUCUGCUUGUAUGUGGUAGUUGGAGUUUCUCUACUCUUAGCUGGCAUUAUAUCCCUAAACAGAGUUCGAAUUGAGAUUCCGCUAGAAAAAGAGAACCAAGACAAACUAGUGAAGUUUAUGAUCCGGAUUGGUGUUUUCAGCAUUCUUUAUCUUGUUCCUCUCUUGGUUGUCAUCGGAUGCUACUUUUAUGAGCAAGCUUACCGUGGCAUCUGGGAAACAACGUGGAUACAAGAACGCUGCAGGGAAUAUCACAUUCCAUGUCCAUUUCAGGUUACUCAGAUGAGUCGUCCAGACCUGAUUCUCUUUCUCAUGAAAUAUCUAAUGGCUCUCAUUGUUGGCAUUCCCUCUAUUUUCUGGGUUGGAAGCAAAAAGACAUGUUUUGAAUGGGCCAGUUUUUUCCAUGGUCGUAGGAAAAAAGAGAUAGUGAACGAGAGUCGGCAGGUGCUCCAGGAACCUGACUUUGCACAAUCGCUCCUGAGGGACCCAAAUACUCCUAUUAUAAGGAAAUCCAGAGGAACUUCCACUCAAGGAACCUCCACACAUGCCUCAUCAACCCAGCUGGCCAUGGUAGAUGAUCAAAGAAGCAAAGCAGGGAGCAUCCACAGCAAAGUGAGCAGCUACCAUGGCAGCCUCCACAGGUCACGUGAUGGCAGGUACACUCCCUGCAGUUACCGCGGGAUGGAGGAGAGACUACCUCACGGCAGCAUGUCACGACUGACGGAUCACUCUAGGCACAGCAGUUCGCAUCGACUUAACGAGCAGUCACGACACAGCAGCAUCAGAGAUCUCAGCAACAAUCCCAUGACUCACAUCACACAUGGCACCAGCAUGAACCGUGUGAUUGAGGAGGAUGGAACCAGUGCUUAGCUGUCUUGUCCAAGUGAAAAAUGUGUGCUGUUGGAAAACAGGUUUAUUCUUUGCCUUCACAUGAGUUCUGUAACUCGCUGUAGUCCUGCUGUGAGUCAGGUGCAGAGUGUCCACUGGGAAGGGAGACCUUUGCUUUUUAUAUCGCCCAACUCAGAACAUAACACAUCCAGAGCACUGAGAGUCAUACAUCACAAAAAUAAUUCUAGGUUGGGAAGAGAUAAUUAUUUAUCUGUAAGCAUUUUUAUAAACCCACUUAUUUUAUAUUUAGAAAAAUCAUAAAUGUAUGGUGACUGCUUUGUAGUGAACUUUCGUAUGGUAUGAUAUAUGAACUAGUUGUGAGAGAACAUUCUGGUAGCUCUGUUAACAAAACAAAGUUUCAGAAUUAAAAAAUUUCUAUGCAAGGUUUAUUUCUCAGAUGAAUGGUAGAACUUUGUAAUUUUAUUUCCACUAAGUAAAAAAGAGAACUGUUUUUAAACUGUAGAAGACUUUGAUAAAUGAGCAAGGGUAUUUUAGCUAAUAGAAUAUAAGUACAGCAGAAGAGUCUAGUUAGUCUAUGAGAGGUUCUCUCACACUUCCGUCAAAAUCUUCAUCCAGAGAUAUUCAGGAUUUGAGAUAGCAAUGGAAUACAGAGAUGAGCAUUUCCCCUAUAGUUGCAUUGUUUUUUACUUUUGUAAAUAUUACUUUUAUGGGCUAUGUUUUUAUAAUAUCCAUAUGCAUGAUGGGAAAUUUUUAAUUUGUAGCCAUCUUUUCCCACUUAAUAGUAUUGAUUCAUAGAGAACUUCAUGUUAACAUCUGUUCUGUGGAUGCAUGCAAUAAGAUAAACAUCACAUAUUAUAAGGGUUUUCUUUUGUAAAUGCAGUUACAAAAUGGCAAAAUAUUUUCUCUGUAUUCCUUAUUGUAUUUUUCUACAGUGAUAUGUGACCUUGCCAAAGCCAUCAGACCUUGGUAUCUAGGUCCUCCUAUGUGAGCUGAUUUCUGCACUUGAAUUCCCCAGUAGCUAGCUGGCUACAGCUUUUGCCCCACACCCCUUUUUCAGUUUCUGGGUCAUUGUUGUUUACAGUUGAAACAUGUAUAAUAAUCCAAGUCCAAAGUGCUGAUGAAUUUGAGCACUUGAAAAUCAUUGUAGCUAGAUGGAGCAUGAUUCGUCUUUCUAUGAAUACCUUUUAACCUUAAAAAUAUCAAGUCAAAACUGUCUGACAUUUUAUCUUGUAAUGUUUAAAUGAUUUACAAUAUAAACUGUGAACUUUAUUGGGUAUGAAACUGAUCAGAAGGGAAGGAAAAAUUCUGGGAAAUGGUAGCUGUGUAAUGCAGAAAACAAAAGUGAUCUGCACUCUUGGUAGAAGGUAAGAAUCACUUGGGGGACUUUUGAUAUGCAGCAUCUUUCUCUCAGAUGAGAGUUAAUAGUGUGAAAUCAAGAUUCCCAGGUGAUUCUGAUUUGCAGGCAGGCUGGAAACCCAUCGUUGUAAACUUACUUUCCUGAUGAUCUGAUGGCAUUGCACUUGACCACAUGACAAUCUGGCUGGUUCAGUGACAUGCUUUUACAUUGUUACCUAAUAUGCAAUCACUUUCCACCUUACUGUCCAUUAUAAAAUGCAGAAUUCUCAGCUCCACUCCCUAGAGUCUUACUCAAUACAGUGCAGGUAAUAGAACUUUAAAAUCUAUAUGUACAAAAUACCACAGAUAAUUCUUAGCAGGUAAUCCAGGAGUCACACUUAGAAAAAAAUGUUUUAGACUCUAGAGAGGUCUGCUCUGCCAUAUGCUGGUUUUUGACUUCUAACAAGUCAACCUCUCUGAGUUAGCGCCCCUUGUUUGAAAAUGAAGAUUCAAGAUGAAUAUCUACUCUACCUACCUCACCAUGUGUCAGAUUAAGGUUAAAUGAAAACAAUCCUAUGAAAGCUCUUUGAAAACUGAAAAGCAUUAUGAGAUACAAGGGAUUAAGAUUAUUGAGGAUUUACAAGACUUAUUUGAGGUCUACUGAAGUACAUUUGUUGACAUGUGUUUAAUUCAUGUGUACAUUUCUCACCCUUUAAACAAAUUUUCAUCUGACAGAAGAGUCAGUUUUCUGAUAGUCAUAAUUUAUUUGUAUAUAAUGUUGUUUCUUUCAAAUUACAUAUAACUUAGUAUGAGUUAUUCAUAUUACAUAAGGUACCUUUGAGCAUUUGCUCAAAAUGUUCUUUUCCUUCUGUCCUCAUGUCUUUUCCUUGGAACUGGAGUUACCACUCAAAGAGGUCUGGAUUCCCUCUUAACUGACCAUUAUUAAACCUUUCCUUAUAAGUUCUAAGGGCCCACUUAUAACUUGACUAUAAAUCAGUAAGUCAUGAAGCUUUUGCCUGAGAAUCUCCUGAGAACAUCAUGACAUACCAAACCAAACAUCCACAAACAAAAAAUGAAGUGAAAAUAGAAGGAACCAGUUUGAACUCUGAGAUGUUGUCUAUUAUUACCAUCUGCAUUAUAUUAUCAACUGCCAAAAUGUUAAUUGGUUUUCUUGUAAAAGUGGGCAACGUUUAGACAGUGAAGUGAACAUUGCUAUGGAAAUCUUAACUUUGUGCUUCCAGGGUUUUGUGUGUGUUUGUGUCUCUAUUAAACUAAUGGUGGUAUAUAUGUGAA